GGCACAAAAGCUACAAGAGUAAAAUCUGUAGCUUCUAUGCUUCUAGUCUCUAUUUGUUUAACCCUAUAGUAUUAUUAGUGUAUAUACUAUAUAUAUAUAUAUAUACUAGCUAUUGUUAGUGGGUGGUUCAAAUUGCAAUUAAUGCACUUAAUUUGUUACUGAAAACAGCCAAGCCAAAGCACAGCACAGAAAGAGAAAGCUCUGGAUCUAAAGCAAGUUAGUUAGAGUUUUUAGUCUUCACUUUGAAGCCUAAAACUUUAACUUGGAUUGGUUUUUUGUUGUCAUAAUAAGAUGACUAUGGAGAAAGAUAGUAACAAGAACCAUCAACAACCAUUUGAAUUCUCCAUUGAUAAUCUUCAACAAGGACCAGCUGGUUCCAAGUGCUUUGAUGAUGAUGGCCGUUUAAAAAGAUCAGGAAAUACAUGGACAGCAAGUGCACACAUAAUAACAGCAGUGAUUGGUUCUGGAGUGUUAUCAUUGGCAUGGGCCAUAGCCCAACUUGGAUGGGUUGCUGGCCCAUCAAUGAUGCUUCUCUUCUCAUUUGUUACUUACUACACCUCCACUCUUCUUAGUGUUUGUUACCGUUCUGGUGACCAACUCAAUGGAAAGAGAAACUAUACUUAUACUGAUGCUGUUAGAGCAUAUCUUGGUGGCUUUAAGGUCAAGAUUUGUGGGUUUGUUCAGUAUGCUAACCUUUUUGGAGUUGCCAUAGGUUACACUAUAGCAGCUUCCAUAAGCAUGAUGGCAAUUAAAAGGUCAAAUUGUUUCCACAGCAGUGGAGGAAAAAAUCCAUGCCAUAUGAAUAGCAAUGUUUACAUGAUUUCAUUUGGUAUUGUGGAAAUUAUUUUCUCCCAAAUUCCAGACUUUGAUCAGUUAUGGUGGCUCUCUACUCUAGCUGCUGUCAUGUCCUUCACAUACUCAACAAUUGGUCUUGGUCUUGGUGUUGGUAAAGUUAUAGAAAACAAGGGCAUUAAAGGAAGCCUAACUGGUAUAACUGUUGGUACUGUGACACAAACUCAAAAGGUUUGGAGGAGCUUCCAAGCUCUUGGUAACAUAGCAUUUGCCUACUCCUACUCAAUGAUCCUGAUAGAAAUUCAGGACACAAUCAAAUCGCCACCAUCCGAGUCGAAAACAAUGAAGAAGGCUACUUUAAUCAGUGUUAUAGUGACAACCAUUUUCUACAUGCUAUGUGGUUGUUUUGGAUAUGCAGCUUUUGGAGACUUAAGCCCUGGAAACCUUCUAACUGGUUUUGGUUUCUAUAACCCUUUCUGGCUUCUUGAUAUAGCCAAUGCUGCCAUAGUCAUCCACCUUGUUGGUGCUUACCAAGUUUACUGUCAACCCCUCUACUCAGUCGUCGAGAAAACUGCAUCACAAAGAUUCCCAGAUAGCAACUUUAUUAACAAAGACAUUGAAAUUCCAAUUCCUGGUGUCAUAUCUCCAUUAAAAAUAAACCUUUUUAGAUUGGUUUGGAGGUCAUUUUUUGUGAUCUUGACAACUAUAAUAUCCAUGCUUCUUCCAUUUUUCAAUGACAUUGUUGGAUUAAUUGGAGCAAUUGGAUUUUGGCCACUUACUGUGUAUUUUCCGGUGGAAAUGUACAUUGUUCAAAUGAGAAUACCAAAGUGGAGCACAAAAUGGAUAUGUUUACACUUACUUAGUGCUGCUUGUCUUGUCAUUUCUUUAGCAUCUGCAGCAGGUUCUGUUGCUGGUGUUAUUGCUGAUCUUCAAGUUUAUAAGCCAUUUCAUACUGUGUACUAAUUCAGUAACAUUACUACUUAGUCUUCACCUUCAUCAUCAAAGAUUUCAAUAGCAAUAAAAAAAAAAACUUGAAUUUCUUGGUGGUGCUCCUGGUAAUUUAUUGCUUACUAGCCUUGUAUUUUUUUACUUUUAUGUAUUCUUACUUUGUAACUUGCUCUGUAUUCUCAAUCUCCAUUGAGAAAAAAAUGGAAGAAAUGGCACAUAAGUUUUCAUA